UUGUGAUCCCAUCAUGUGUUUUCUCAGAAGAUAAACUUCACCGACUCUGUGUCCCUUUUAGCUGCGGCGAUCAGAGCGGUCUCUUUUACCCUUUCUGGAUACCUGGCAGAGAAGACUGUGGCCACCCCGACUUCAAACUCAACUGUAGCAGAGGAUUCGCAGAGCUGAACAUGUCCUCUGUAAACUACAGAAUCUUAAGUAUGAGCUAUGAAUCUCCUAUCAUAAAAAUUGCCAGAUCGGAUUAUAUCAACAAUCUUUGUCCCCCAGACACUACACGAGAUGCACCAUUCAACCAAAGUGUUCUUCAGCUCACACGAGAUAACGAUCUACUAACAUUAUAUUACAACUGCAACAGCUUUUCACUACCUGCUACUACUGGCAGUAAUUUCUUUGGAGAGCUUGGUUGUAGGGAUGAUAUAGGUGGUAGAAAAAGUUACUAUGUGACGAGAAAGUUGCGCUCUCCUCUACGUAACGAGUUCAGUGACCUUAUAAACAAGGCAAUUUGCAGAAGAAACAUCAGUAUUCCUGUCUCUAUACAAGCGUUGAAGGUAAUGGAGGAGAGUCCAAGUGCGGAUAAUUUAGAGAAGGUUCUUGGUCAGGGUUUCGAGCUUGGAGUUAGUCAUGAUUGUUCACAGUGCAUUAAAUCUGGAGGUUCAUGUGGAUAUAACCAAACCUUAAGUACUUUCGUCUGCUAUUGUGAUGAUAAGCCGCAUAGACGUACCUGCGGAGACAAAGGCCUCUCUAGUGCCGCAAAAGCAGAAAUCGGAUCUGGAGUGGGGUUGGUGGGGGUCAUUCUUAUAGCCAUAGGUCUGUUCUGUCUACUCAGACGGAGAAGGAAGACACAGACAAAUCAAUACACAAGUAAAGACUUGCCAGUAACGUUUUAUUCAAGCAGAGUAACAUCAAGCUAUCCGACUUCCACAACAAUCUCUAGCAAUAGCAACCACUCUCUCCUCCCCUCACUCUCUAACCUCCAAAACGGAAGCACCUACUUCGGUGUUCAAGUCUUCAGCUACGAAGAACUCGAGGAAGCCACCGAUAAUUUCUCUAGAGAGCUUGGCAGCGGGUUCGGCACAGUCUACUACGGCAUGUUGAAAGAUGGACGAGAGGUAGCAGUUAAACGACUAUACCAAAGAUCACUAAAACGCGUCGAACAGUUCAAAAACGAGAUCGAAAUCUUGAAGUCGCUGAAGCACCCAAAUCUCGUGAUACUCUACGGAUGCACGUCCAGACACAGCAGAGAGCUUCUCCUCGUCUACGAAUACAUCUCAAACGGAACUCUCGCUGAUCAUCUCCACGGAGAUCUCCUUGAUCAUCUCCACGGAGAUCUCCUUGAUCAUCUCCAAAGAGAUCGCGCCGAGCCUCGUCCUCUUUGCUGGCUCGUUCGUCUAAACAUCGCCAUCGAAACCGCGAGCGCUUUAUCCUUCCUCCACAAUUCAGGGAUCAUACACAGAGACAUCAAGACAGCAAACAUUCUACUAGACGAGGACUACACGGUCAAGGUAGCCGAUUUCGGCCUCUCGCGGUUGUUUCCGAUGGACAAAACUCACAUCUCCACGGCCCCGCAGGGCACUCCGGGGUACGUAGACCCGGAGUAUUACCAAUGCUACCGUCUAAAUGAGAAGAGCGACGUUUACAGCUUCGGUGUCGUCCUCAUGGAACUCAUCUCAUCCAAAGAGGCGGUUGAUAUCAAUAGGCAUCACCUUGAUAUCAACUUGGCGAACAUGGCAGUCUCCAAGAUCCAGAACAAUGCGUUGCACGAGCUCGUUGAUCCGAGUUUGGGGUUUACGAAGGAUCCCGAAGUGAAGAGGAAGAUGAUGGCGGUGGCUGAGCUUGCGUUCAGGUGUUUGCAACUGGAGAGGAAAGUGAGGCCGUCGAUGGAUGAGAUUGUGGAGAUUUUGAAAGGGAUCAAGGGGGAGAAUCCGCGGGAGGCGUCGCCUGAUGUGGUGGAUAUUAAGGGGAGGGGGGGGGAGAUGACGUUGGGUUGCUGAGGCAUAGUGUUCCGCCGUCAAUCUCGCCGGAGACUGAUAAGUGGAGGAGUAGUUCGGAUAUGGCCGCGAGUUCGUUUUGAGAGGCGUAUUAGUUAGGGUCGUUCAUAGGUGAUGUAUAAAUACUGUAAGUUUUUUCUUUUCCUCUGUUUUUUGGGGCUCUGUAAUCAAAUGAUCUUUACGUAUUACUCAAAAUGACAAUAUUAUAAUGUCCCUACACAAAAUUGAAACAUUAGAAAAUGUGAAUGCAAGCUCAUGAAGGUGACAACAUGAAAAUACAUGUCAAUACGAACCUGAAUCACUAAAGAA